UCGACAUCCCUUGGAAGGAGAAAUUCCUCAACAAGCCUCUUUUCCCACUGAAAUACGCCGAGUUCUGGGCGAUUUGGCACCGGUGCCUCUAUGUCAUAGGCAGCCGGGGAGAUAUCCGCCCUUAUUCUCUUCGCGUUGGCGCUGGAGCCCGGAUGGAUGUUUGUCAAGUGCCCUACGGAACUACGUCAUGGGCCACUCAGGACCUGUUUUCGAAAAUGACUACCAGACAGCUGUCGUCAGAGCCAAUCUCGCCGCAAUAGCGUUUGGGCCGAAAGCGGUGCGCCGGGAUGAGACGCUCUUCAACGACCUCCGCAGUAUGACCCUUACACGGGACGAGGGCGCCCCCAUCAAGGUGUCGGAAGCGCAGAUUGCGAAGUUCCGGGAACGAAAGGAUAUCGCCAAGAUCCGCGACGAGAUCCAGCAUACAACCGACAAGCUUGAGAAGAGCAGGCUUCGCGGCCAAAUCCGCAGCAUCCUCGAGACUUGCAAAAGGCUACAGCUCGAACAGGAUCGACAGGCCUACUUCAAGGAGGCGGACCGAUUGCGUCUCCAAGGUCUUGAGCCGACCCCAACGCCCGGCAUGGGGGGGCCGGGUACAGCGGCUCCGGUGGCCGCCUGUCUAUCGCGGUGGAGACCGCGGGACGAGGGCGAAUUGCCGCCAAACGACACAAGUGCAUCUGAGCAGUAUGUCGAUGCGCAACUACUAUACCUGUCGUCUACCGUAGCUACAGCUCGUCAGCGGGCUUCAGAGGCAGCGGCACCCUCUGAAUCGCAACAAAUUUCCUGUUGUUUCGCCUGCUUCAAGGGGUAUCCAACACGCUCUGGCCUUACACGGCAUUUCCAAGACACCCAUCUUGACGACGGUACAUUUGACAACCCUUUCGCUUGUCCCCCGUGCAGGCGCGCCGGGGCAGCAGAGGUUAUCGUCCACGGUCCAGCGGAGUGGUGCAAUCACCUCGAGCAUACCCAUGGCCUAAUCCAUACACCAAGAUUCAAUCGAGGUGCCAGCUACCGGGGCUUCCCGUCAAACUCGCCGUUGGCCUGCCUUUUAUGCGAGGAACCCAUGGCGUCUAUGAACACUCUCCUCGCCCACAUGAAUCGGACCGAAAUUCCUCGGUAUCGUAAGAACCUUCGCGUCGACUGUGGCGCCUGCACUCGUGAGGGCCAAGUUGACGUCGAGCCGAUGAGCAUCUGGGAAUGGCUGAUGCACGCUCGGGCCGUUCACAAUUGGGCUCUUCCUCACGUGGCACCGUGCCCGCUCUGCGGACAUCUCUGCACCCCAGGGCGUGGCCACCGGAGACAUCUCGCCAUUCGGCACAGCGACAAGCUCGGAGAGCAAUCAGAGAGCGCCGCGCCCCUGGCUUCGGCAAUGCCGGCAGGAGAGAUGCAAGACGCGUAUGACCUUGAGGACCUACUCCGACGUAGCGUGGGAAAGCACCUGUUAGGACAAUCGGCGGCAGAUAUUGCACGGCGAAAGCGCAAGAGGGACGGCGAGAUGGACGGCGAGUACACAGCGCCAGCCGCCAAGCGUACGAAGGGCGACGGCGACGGAAAGUGUCUCGCUCUAGCUGCCAGGCGUACAGAGAGCGACGGCGACAAGGAGUGCCCUCCUCCACCCGCCAAGCGCAAGAGGGCCGCCAGGCACAACGUGGCGUACAAGGAGCUCUCCCCCAUUGUGAUAGACGAUGCCGAUAGCGACCUAUGCCUGGACGUGAUCACCUGCGCAUCGACUGUCGACGAGCAGCAACCGUGCCAUGUCACGAAGGAUCAUAUGGGCUCAAGUGCGGCCUUGGAUCUUGAUUUCCUAGGGCACAUCGACCCCGCCAUUCUCGCUCCGUGGCGGCCAGCCAAUGCCGCCCACAACACUGCCGCGGUAUUAUCAGACUAUCAGACGCAAGAAGCGCUCAGGCGGCCGCGGCGACGCCGUGGCCGCUGCCAUGGCUAAACGGGAGGGCUUUGGGGUUUGGGUCUUAUAGCUGGACGACAGGGCGGUCAUAGAACUAUGCAUGCUCAUUCAUAUUUAGCUAUCAACAUUGCCAACACACUGCCAUGUCUCCUGUGUAUCUUCAAUUGCCAGUGAGAUAUUCGGUUCACCGGAGAAAGUAGAAUACAGCGUUAGCUCGGUUUGGGAGGUAAUUAUGGCAGAGUCGUGUGGAGUUCACAGUACGU